CCGACGGCUUUUAUACGAUAACGAACGGUUUUUUUCGCAAAUUAUACAUUGGAGAGGGAUUAGUGCUUGAGCUUCUGUGAGAGAGGUUACAUUCUAACAACCGUCAAAAGAUAAUCCCGUAUUUUUCGCGUACCGUGUUAACUGACAGAUGAAGAAUUAAGAGAAAUACACGGGUAAUCAGCGCUGGUAAUGCCUAGGGCGGUAGAGCCUUUCAGUGUGCCUUUCUUGCCUUAUUAGACGUCGGAUGUCGCUAAUGGCGGACGGAGCGUUCCGUCGAAAUGGUUCUCCAUCUUUUGCAACCGCAUUGUCCGCAGAGUUGUCACAAAAUGACAUCAACGCGCUAAUCACGGGAGCGUCCUCGGUUCGAUGCUGUCUACCUGGAUGUCGCGGGGCGAUCCUGCAUCGUUUCCCUAAAGAUCCUGUUCGACGACGUCAAUGGUUAGUGUUUUGUGGGCUACCUGAUUUGCCCGAAGACAUCUAUCAGCGAUACAGGCUGUGUUCACAGCAUUUUGAUCAAUCGGAAUUGCAACGGGUGGGAUCUAUCAAGCUGAACUCUAAUGCAGUUCCAACGAUAGGCCGCCCCCAGCAUCUUUCGGGCUUCAACCCGCUUCAGCCAAACGAAGCUUCAGGUGUUCUUAAAGAGAUACUCUGUCAGGCUUUGACACCCCGACCUGACGAUACUGCGUUUGAUCCAGAAGAAUUCUUUUGAAAACUUGUCGCGAAAUAUUGAAGGCGGUGGUUCUCAAAUGAAUACAAACGGCAUGAGUUGGUACUUGAUGCUUUAUGGUAAAUAGAAUUGCAUAGUUUAUUGAAAAAAACCGAUUGGAUGGCUUAAGCAGGACACUCUAAGAGGCCAAGCUCAAUCAUCUGUAAGUAACCAGGAAUAUAAAAAAAUGACAUCCCGACAAGACCUCUGCCAUUUUUUACUUCCCGUUAGUAAGCGCCAUCACCUUCAACGUGAAGGAGUAACCACGAUAAAGGAUCUCACACAACGGCCAGCUGAUGAAGAAGUCCACCUAGUAUCUGGUCUCGAUUUCUACAAUAAACUAAAAGUAGCGGGUUUGUACACUGGACGGGUAUAUCAUAACACCGUAUGUCCCACCAAUGUGUCGAUUCUUGAGUUUAAUCCCAAAUUGCACUGUGACAGUUGGCAAGAGUUCAUCGCUUGGCUUCUGCACACCCACGAGCAACUUCGUAAUGAACGACAAUGUGACGUGGUGUGCAUUCACAGUUGGGAUUUUCAUAUCUACUCAAUAAACGACGAUUUCAGACUGAGGAAAAAGGUGCACCUAAGAUGCCAAUCACUCGCGACCCUUCUCGCUCGAAAAUGUGAUGUUAUUGUGCUUCUAAAUUAGCAAUCGCAGUAGUGACAAAUUUACCAGCAGCAGGUGUAUCACGCGCCCGUAUCUGUCCAACUAUCGAAAAAAGAAAAACGUCUUUUUCCUGCCGAAAGUUACGAAGAUCACGUUACAGAUAUUUGUAAAUAGCUAUGAAGUUAUGUGUGAUUGCUUUACUCACUAAGAUUUCCUAGAAGUGUACUGUCUCGGUAAUCGGCAGUUAGUUAUACUUCGUUGUAAUUUUUGGCUAUUUUGUCUUUUCUGUAGUACAACGGGUUACUGGUUAGAUACUGGUGAACAGAAUUGGACAAUCAGAUUAGUGGUUUUGUGCCCGAUCUUAUGGGAAUGCUAAAUGUUGUUGAAAUUGUAAAAAAUAAAU